CGAUCGCGUAAAGUGAAGGGAAAAUCAAAGAACUGAGUUUAUAAAUGUUGGUUUAACUUUAAGUAAGAAUCUAGUAAAACGACUUGGACGAGUGCAUACGGACUGUGGAUUUUUUCAGUGUACUCUUUUUCUGUUUUUUUACGCAAAAAUGAAGACGAAACUUAUAAUAGUCUGUGGUCUUAUGGCACUCGUCGCCCUCUCCACUGCCAAACCGGCCCAAGACGAGUAUGAAUACGAGGAUGAGCCAGCACCACCCCCAAAAAAAGCCCCCGCAAGAUCUUUGGCGGGCCGAAGGAACCCUUUGGCGGGCAAAAAUAAUAAAGCCACCACCACUACAACCACGACCACCGCAGCACCCGAAGAAGAAGCCGAAGGAGAACCUGCCGAAGGAGAUUACGUUGACGAGCAAGUACCAGAAACCAGUUCAACCACGGAAACAUCCAAGAAGUUCAUUAAGAGUGGCAUUGUGAGGCCGUUUAGGAGCAACGAUGACUUGUUGGCAACCCUCAAGAGGAGGAGGGAACAAGUUGUUACUAACAAACAGAAUAAACCGGUAGCCUCCUCUAACGAGCCAAAAGACGACUCAGAAGUGGAACAACCGAAAAAAGAGUCAAAACCAGCAUCAACAGGUCGUAGAAAUAGAUUUAGUAAGCCAGCGAAGGCGGCCAGUAACGAGGUGCCCAUAGAAGAACCAUCUAGUACCGCGAGGUCGGGUAGGGCGCGGUUCAGCGCUAGAAGUUAGAUGGACUAAGAUAUUUUAGUUAUAAGUUCAUUUUGUGAUCGCACGUGGAGCUGAAUGUCUUUGUUUCGAAAGUGGGGAACUGAUUUUUUUUUUAUUUUUGAAAAUUGAAUCGUGUUAAUAAAUAAUUCAUUCUGGUAAUGCAAGUUAUGUAAAUAUGUCAGUACAUAAGAUUUUUUUUCUUUUAAUAUUGCAAAGACGUGUUGUAAAUAUAAAUUAUUAUGCUUUUAUGUUGAAGAAUAAUAAGAGCAUUUAAAUAUAUGUGUUUCCUUCG